CACCCCCUGGGCACAGCCCCGCCUCUGACCCCGCCCCUCCCGAGCGGCUCCGGGCCUGUAGUUUCCCGUUCUGACCCAUGUGUCCUGGCCGGCCGUGCAGCCAUGAUCGUGCCGCGGCUCUCCCUGUCCUCCGAGCUGGUCGUGGGCACCGCCGUGCUAGGGGCGGCCUUCGUGAGUGGAGUCUUCCUCGGGAGACGGGUCCUUCGGUGGCUAUCCGACCCCCAGCAGCGGCGGCGGGGGCGGCGGCUCCUGCCCCCCGAAGACGACCCGCUAUGGCAGUAUGUGCUGAGCCGCUCCGUGCGGGAGCACCCGGCACUGCGGAGCCUUCGGAAGCUCACCCUGGAGCAGCCACGGGGCCAUACCAUGAUGACCUGUGAUCAGGCACAGCUCCUGGCCAACUUGGCUCGGCUCAUCCGAGCGCAAAAGGUUUUGGAUCUUGGGUCCUUUACAGGCUAUGCCGCCUUGAGUUUGGCCUUGGCGUUGCCCGCCACUGGGCGGGUGGUAGCCUGUGAAAUUGAUGCUGCUCCCACUGAGCUGGGAAGGCCCUUCUGGAAAGAGGCAGGUGAGGAGCACAAGAUUGACCUUCGAGUGAAGCCGGCUAUGAAGACCCUUGAUGAGCUGCUGGCUGGUGGGGCAGCUGAUACCUUUGACAUGGCGGUCAUCGAUGCUGACAAGGAGAACUGUGGCGCCUAUUACGAGAAAUGUCUGAAGCUUGUUCGGUCUGGUGGGAUCGUUGCCAUCAGCAACGUUUUAUGGAAUGGGGAGGUGCUCAACAAGCCCGGUAAAGGAGAUAUGGCUGUUCAGUGUGUCCGAGAUCUCAAUGAGCGAAUCAUAAGGGACGCCCGGGUCCAUAUCAGCCUCCUCCCCCUGGGAGAUGGUCUCACUUUGGCUUUCAAGAUCUAAGGAGCUUGAUCAGUGUCUGGGAAGGAAGAGACUAAUGGCAGCAUAUGUUCAGGUGGAAGAGCCUGGGUACUUGAGCUUAUGGACAAAUUUUUAAAUUAAAAUGAGGGAUUGGGCCUUGGGA